GCCAGCAAAACAAGUUUUGAGCAUUAUAGUGAAAAAAAAUGACGACUCCUCAUGUUGACUUCUUUUAUAUAGCCAACAGUUUGGUUUGUCAUCAUCAUCAUCAUUUAUUACUCACUCACAGGUUUUUUCAAUUUUUUUUUUUACAUUUUGAUUUUAUUCAUUUUCGUUUAUAUGGCAUAAACAUUGCAAGCGUUAAUUUCAUUAUUACAUAAUGGCAUUAUAUUUUAAAGAACAGGAUAUCGAUCAAUAUCGUGAUUGUUUCUAUUUAAUGACAAAAACAAACGGUGGUUUAAUAACUCGAGUGGAUGAAUUGAAACAUAUAAUGCGUUCAUUAGGAAUGUCACCUACCGAACCUGAACUCAAUGAUUUUUUCAAACAAAAAGAAGGAAAAAUUACAUUUGCCGACCUGUUAGAUAUAAUGCAUAUUCAUUCGGUAAGGGAGAAAAUUCCGGCUGAAAUUCUAGAUGGUUUCCGAGCAAUGGAUCCUAAUCAUACGGGAAAAAUAUCAUUAGCCGAUUUUAGUCACUUACUAUGUGAUUGUGGUGAAAAAUUGACUACCAAAGAAUUUCAGAAUCUACUGAAAGAAGCUAAUGUUCGUCCUGGUCAAACUUGGAUUAAUUAUGAAGAUUUUCUUGAGAUUAUUGCUGCACCUGCUCCAGAUUAUUGAAAAUUUAAAAAAAAAAAUAUCUCAUCGAUUUUCAUUUGAUUAUAUUUAAUCAUUACUUAUCAUAUAUGAACAAAUAAUAAUAAAUUGAAAUAAAUUCAGAUUUCGAA